AUGCUUACAGCUGAUUGGUUCUGUUCUGUUCUAGGUCCCAUUAAUGAUGACGCCAUUUUGCAUAUUUUGAGACUCAGAGAUAAACUUAACUGGCAGACAUUAUUACCACCUUGUGAAUUUGUUAAAUCGCAGGAUGUGGCUAAAUUUCGGAAGAUCCCAUUACUGGAUGAUGCAUUAAAAAAAGAUGAUGGAGAAUACAUAUACUGUCUUAUAAGAAGUAGGGAUGACCCCAAAGCAGCCUACAAUCCAUAUGAUCUUCAAGUGGUCUCUGCAAAUAUGGCUAGACGAAGUAAAGAGUAUUGGACUAUUAGUGCCUCAUAUGUAUCCAAGUUCACUUCAGUGUGUGGAAAGCAUGAAAUGGAAAUAACUCCAGUGAUGGAAUGGUUAUAUGAAAGGCAACUUUAUAAUGUGUUACAUAACAUGGAUUUAUAUUUUAAUUUCAGGAGGAAAUAUUACACCUGUGAUGGCAAACCUAUGGCACAUGUGCCAGUAGUGGCACACAGAGUCCUCUCUACGGGCACACGAGCCAUCACCCCAGUUCAGUUCUGCUGCAUAAAUACGGCUUAUACAUACACAUUGGAUGAAUUUUGUGAGGAACAAUAUCAACAGAGUCAACAUGCUUUAUCUCAACUCCAAAGUUUUAAAGAUAAAGUAAUCGAAGUAAUUCAGGCCUGCUUUUUAAAAGUAGCAAAAGAGAAAGGAGCAGAAACACUUUUUCAGCCUUCAUUGUAUGAUUUAAAAGAGAAACCAAAAUACUUUGAGAUAGCUGAAUGGCGGCACAUUAUGGAACGCUUUUCUAAGUUUCUUAAGCUUGUAGAUAGAAUCUUUCAAGAAUUUCUUCGCAGAUUGGUAAACAAUGCCAUAAAUACUCUUUUGGAGAUAUUUAAAGGUUCCAGUAAUAUGACCAUUUCAAAAAAGAAGACAAAUGAAAGCCUUAUGAGAACAUAUAAAAAUUCAAUUGAGAAAGCACUUUUCUUAUUGACUGAAAAUAGAUGCCUGUGGGUAUAUGAAAAUGAGCAUUUUGAAGGCACCCAGAAAUUAUUGCACCGUUCAAAGGAAACAGAAGCACAACAUGAUAUUGUUACUGUCAGUGAUAUAGACAAGAUCCUAGAAGAAGUGAAAAGGCAACUAAAAGGCGAAGAGGAAUAUUUCCCAAUAUUUGAAAUAAAUAUUUGUCUGAGAAUUCCCUAUGAAAAGGAGCAUCGUAGAAAAUAUUACCAAAAUGAUGAUGAUUAUAUUUUAGAAUCUUCAGCAGAAUCUUUGAAAGAAAUAUUAGACUUUGAUGAAGUUUUGAGCAGCUCAUUUGAAGAUGAUAGCAAACAUGAAGAAAGAUCAGAAAGUACUACAGAAGAUUUGGGUACCUUCAGGAAUGAAGGAAAACUAAGGCCAUUGAGAAAAGAGGCCAUCUCUGAUUCAGAUAAACAGCUAAUCACAUAUGAGAGCUCUCUACAGUUCUCUACAGAUGUAUCACUGAUUCCUAACAGAAAAAGUUUUUCAAUACAAUUACAAGGGAUUGUAGAUGGAUUAGAAAACAUCAUUGAUCAAGUUACACCAUUUUCUCAGGAUUCUCGGCUUUCAAUCUUCAUUGAUCAGUCUUUACAUAAAAUAAUGCAGCAAUGUGAAGAUUACACAGAUUUUGAACCAGGACAUUAUCAAUCAACAUGGCCAAACUGUGAUCUUAUUCUUGGGACAGAUCCAGAUUACCAAAAUAAAAUUCUGGAGCUUUUAUCUCUUCAGAGUUCUUCACUGGCCCGAGUAGAAUCUUACAGCAGAAACUUUAUGGAAUAUUGCAGUAUGGUAGAUAAAGCAAAAUAUACAAAUGAUAAAAUGGUAGCAUUGGAAAGAGAGUUGACUACAAAGGAGUUUAGAAAUAUUCUAGAAAAUUAUACAGUUGAUGUAAAGGAGAUUGUAUGUAUGCUUAUUGAAAAACGCAUCUCUCUGUUUAGAGUAAACAGUUUGAACUUUCAGACAGACUGCCUGCCAUAUUUUGAGGGUCUGCUUAAGACUAUUCAUUUUCAUUUUUAUACAGCAAUUGAUACAAAGAAUGUGCAUCUUGUUGAAGUCACUCAGUCAGCAGUAACAAAGUUGAACAAAGAACUAGUAACAGUGGAUGGAUUUGUUGAACAUUUGCUAUAUCUUCAGGAAAUUUCCUCACAACUACCAAAUAUAAAGGUUGAAUAUCACUACCUUUCUGAGCUCCACUUCAUUGCAAAUGAUUAUAACAUCUUUCUCCCACACCAGCAGCUUGCUCUCUAUCAAACUGUUGUGCGAACACUCCAGAAUCUUCAAUCAACUAUCCUUAUAUGUGAAAAAAUGAAGGAUGAUUAUGUUAUAAAGUUUAAUGAAAGCUUGGGAGAAUUUAUGGAUAAUUUACAAGUUGAAAUGAAAGAAUACAAAAGCAAGGUGAGAAAUCCUGUCCUUCUCCUCAGUGAAACCCUGCCUAAGACAGCUAAAGAAAUGAUUGAAAAUCUUAUUGAAGAAGCAGGAAUUAUCAGUGAGAAAAUUUUAAAUUAUGCAAAUUACCAGCACGUGCUUGAUGGUGCCAUUGGUGACAUGAAAUCAUUGUCUGUGGAAAAACUGUCUCAUAGAAGUCAGGCUGGAGAUUCUCAGAGAGUGAAUGCUGAACUCUCAGAAAUUGAAGGUGAACUACAGUUACGUAAAUUGUUAUGGGACUCACAUGAAGAUUGGGCAAAACUUAUCUUUAAGUGGAAACAUACAAUCUUUUGGAAUCUUGAUGUAGAUGUAAUUCAAAGUGAAGUUAACAGAUUCAUGCAGAGAAUUCAUAUUCUUGAAAAAGGCUUGCCAGAAAAUACUAUUUUACCCAUUAUGAAGAAAUCAUUGUUGGAUUUUAAGGAAUCCUUGCCUAUAAUCAUAUCUUUACGGAAUCCUAGUCUUCAACGGAGGCAUUGGGAAACAAUACAGAAUAUUGUUGGAGAGGCAAUUUCUUGGGAUAAAAGACUUACUCUGGAGAAGAUCCUGGAACUCAAUAUGUUUCAAUAUAGAAAAGAUAUUAAUGAAAUAUCCAUAAGAGCUUCCAAAGAAACAACUCUUGAAGUAAUGUUUAAAAAUAUCAUUAGCCUUUGGCAGAAAACUGAUUUCCACUUAUGUCCCUAUAACACUGAAACAUCUAGUAUUUGUAUUAUUUCAUCUGUGGAAGAUAUAACUACUCUGUUAGAAGAAUCUCUGAUGACAAUCUCAACCAUUAAAAGUUCUUGUUUUGUUGAACCAAUUAAGAAUCUUGUUCAUGCUUGGGAUCAUAAGUUAAAUCUCAUUUCCUGUACUCUGGAGGAAUGGUUAACUUGUCAGAGACACUGGAUUUAUCUGGAGCCAAUCUUUCAGGCUCCAGAAAUAAAAAGACAACUUCCAGAAGAAGCCAGUCUCUUCUCUGUAGUUGAUAACAAAUGGAAAGAAAUCAUGAACUUUGCAGCAGAGACUCCAAAUGUUCUUGCGGCAACUACAAGUGGAAUUUUUGAAAUACUGCAGAGCAACAAUGCAUCACUAGAAAAAAUACAGAAGGCUCUUGAGGAGUAUCUUGAAGUUAAACGUAUGAUUUUCCCAAGAUUUUAUUUUCUCAGCAAUGCAGAACUCCUUGAAAUAGUAGCUGAAAGUAAAAAUCCUGAUGUUGUACAGCCUCAUCUUAUGAAAUGUUUUUCAAACGUGAGGAAGUUAUAUAUACGACCGCAACAUCAGACACCUCCAGUGAUUUUAAUGAUCAGAUCUGCUGAAGGAGAGAUUCUUCUAAUACCAAAGGGUGUUCGUAUUAGAGGUUCUGUUGAACAAUGGCUUAAAAAUGUUGAGAAUACCAUGUACAAUAUGGUAAGAAAGUUUAUAGAAGUUGGAAUUACAGAGUGGAAUCAAAUGGAAUUUAAAGAAUGGUUUUUUACCCAUCCAGGACAGGUGAUAUUGAUUGUGGAAAUGAUAGAAGACCUGGAUGAUCUGAUCAGCGUUCUAGAGCAACUUACAGAGAUAGCAUCAGAUAUUCUUCCCUACCACAAGCAAAGCACCUUGGAAGCUUUGAUUUCUUUGUCCAUCCAUAAUAGAGAUAUAUUAUCUUUACUGAUAGAUCAAGAGAUUGGCAUUAAAGAUUUUGAAUGGACAAGGCAAUUGCGUUACAAAUGGCAUGAAUGCAACCUGUGCACAGUUAUUCAAGGUUAUGCUUCCUUUGAAUAUGGUUAUGAAUAUUUAGGCUGCUCUCCACGCUUGGUUAUCACGCCUCUUACUGAUCAGUGUUGGUUAACCAUUACUGGAGCACUACAGUUAAAUCUAGGAUGCUGUCUUGCUGGGCCAGCAGGUACAGGAAAAACAGAAACAGUUAAAGAUCUGUCAAAAGCUUUGGGAAAAUUCUGUCUUACAUACAAUUGUUCUGGAAAUUUGGAUGAUAAGGUAAUGGCAAAAUUGUUCUUUGGGCUUGUUCAAUCUGGAUCAUGGUGUUGUUUUGAUGAGUUCAAUCGGAUUGAUAUAGAAGUCCUCUCUGCAAUUGCUUCACAUCUUCAGGCAAUUAAGGCAGCUAAAGAUAGCCUCAAUGUCAGAUUUGUUCUGGAAGGAAAAGAAAUCCGUCUGAGACCACACUGUGCAAUUUUUAUUACCAUGAAUCCUGGAUACAAAGGUCGUGUGGAACUUCCAGACAACUUAAAAUCAUUAUUUCGUCCUAUGUCAAUGGUAAUACCGGAUUAUGAACUCAUUGCUGAAAUAAUGUUGUUUUCAGAAGGUUUCAAAUCAGCAAAAUUACUCUCAGGGAAGAUAAUAAAUCUUUACCAACUUUCUAGCAAAAGACUAUCACUACAGGAUCACUAUGAUUUUGGCAUGAGAGCUAUAAAAACUGUAUUAAUAAGAGUUGGUCAAAGGCGUCAAGAAUAUAAUAAAAAAAGGUUUUCUGCAAUGGAGGAAACUCUAAUCACGAUUGACAUACUGAAAGAAGUGAAUUUGCCAAAGUUAAUUGCUGAAGAUGUUCCAGUAUUUGAAGACAUUAUCAGAGAUCUCUUUACAGAAAUGGAAGUUCCAAAAGUAAAUCCUAAACGAUUAGAGAGUGCAAUAUCUCUUGCAAUACAGCAUUUAUCUUUGCAGCCUUGGGAAAAUCAGAUAGAAAAGGUUAUACAACUAUACAAUCAGCUUAUGGCUCGUGCUGGUGUGAUGCUUGUAGGCCCCACAGGUGGAGGAAAAACUACCAUCAGAACAAUUUUAGAAAAAGCUUUGAUAAUCUUUCCAUUAGUUGAUAUGGAAAGUGCUACCAAACUUGAUGUUUUUCAGAAUAAUUCAAAGAGAAGCAAAGUGGAUACUUUUGUUGUAAAUCCAAAGUGUGUUACUAUUGAUGAACUCUUUGGACAGACAAAUCCUAGUACAAUGGAAUGGUCAGAUGGAUUAUUAUCAUCAGCAGUUCGAGGAUUUGCCAAACUUGGAAUAAAAAAAGCUAAAAGAAAAGAUCCAAGCCUUGGUGAAACUUCUGUUGACUGGCAGUGGAUUAUCCUUGAUGGCCCAGUAGAUCCACUUUGGAUAGAAAACUUAAAUUCUGUGCUAGAUGACAGCAGAACAUUAUGUCUUGCUAACAGUGAAAGAAUUUAUCUAUCAUCAGCCUUCAGAGUGAUAUUUGAAGUAGACAGUGUAUCUCAAGCCAAUCCAGCCACAAUUAGUAGAUGUGCCAUGGUUUACGUGGAUCCUGCUGAUUUGGGAUGGGAGCCUUAUGUCAAAACAUGGCUGCAAGGCAUUUCUGAAAUAAUACCAGAAAAUAGUAUUGAAUAUCUUGAAAGUUUAUUUCACUCAAGUAUAAAGAUAGGGUUAACUUUUCUAAAUAAACAUAAGAAAAUGCAAGCAUUUCCUGUACAUCAGUUGGGGAUAGUAAUGAACAUUUGCAGAAUUAUCGAUUCAUUUAUUCAUGUAAUGAAACUAAGUCAAGUAUCACAAGAUAGUAAGGGUGGUGAGAUAUGGUUUUGGGAAAAGGAGCCUAAUAAAAUGCUCAUAUUAUUGGAGAAAAUUUUCAUAUUUGCAUUCACUUGGGCUGUUGGAGGAAUUUUAAAACGAGAAGAAGAGCAUGAAGGUGAAACUCUCAUUGAUAUAAACACUAGCCAAGAUGAACUUGCACAUGUAACAUCUGAGUUCAAUUAUCUUGUUCGUGAAUUAUUUGACAAAAAACCACCUACCAAUAUCCAGAUGCCACCUGGAGAUAAAACUGUUUUUGAUUAUUUUGUGGAUUUACAAACAGGAGAAUUUGAACCAUGGGGACAUUUAGUUCCCAGCACUCAAUUUCUUAUCCAGAAAGUUUCAGCUCUCAGCUCAGUAAGAGAGGAUUCUGAAGUAGAAGAACCAUCUUCAGGGCCUUUCAUUUGUAAAUUACAAUUAGGUGCCCGUACAACUGCAGCUCAAACGAAGAGUUUGAUCACCCAGAAAUUAAUACUGAAAAGUAAAGAUGUCAUAGGUGCGCCACAAUCUCAACAAGCACUACUGUUCAUUGAUGAUCUGAACAUGCCAGUCGCAGAAAUAUAUGGAUCCAAGCCACCAUUAGAGUUCAUCCGUCAGUUUGUGGAGUUGGGAGGAUUUUAUGACACUAAACACCUUGAAUGGAAACAUGUUCAGGACAUUGCCACAGUUGCAUGCUGUACACCUCUAAACGUAGGAAGUAAUGAGAUUAGUACUCGUCUUCUGUCCCAUUUUUGCAUCUUAGUUUUGCCUGCAACUUCCUUACAGUCUUUGCAACGCAUUUUCCAGGUACUUGAAGGACUACUUCAAGCCCACAAGUCAGUUAUUGUCUCAAAAGAAACAACAGCAUUAUUGUUUAUGCAUGAAUCUACCCGAAUUUUCCAUGAUCGUCUGGUUGAUCUAGCAGAGAAAGAGACAUUUUAUCAAUUUCUUUCAAAUGAGCUCAACAAUUAUUUUAAAAUUGGAUGGAAUGGCAAUGGAAAAGCAACCUGUGCAUCCUUAGCCAGUUAUAUAUCUGAAUGCAGUAUCUAUAGGUUAUCUACUUCCUAUAAUUACACCUUUGCACAUUUUCAAGAGGAUAUUAAAAAAGUCUAUAAACAAGCUGGAGCAGAAGGCAAGAGGACCAUUCUUCUCAUUACAGAUUCAGAUAUAAUUCAAGAAUCAUUUGUGGAAGUCCUAAGUUGUAUUCUGAAAUCAGGACAAGUGCCCCACCUAUUUGAGAAGGAUGAGUUGAAUAACAUUAUUGAAUCACUUACAUCAAUUUCUGAAAUGGCUAAGGAAUCCAACAAAUUGGAUGAUAUGUAUUCUUUCUUCUUACAGAGAGUACGCCACAACCUUCAUAUAGUUUUGACAAUAAAUCCUACAGGACUGGUUUUCCGUCAGUAUUUACAGAUAUAUCCUGCCAUUGUGAAUUGCUGUACAGUAGACUGGUACGAAAAUUGGCCUGAAGAGGCCCUUUGCCAUGUAGCAAAAAGUUAUUUUAGCCAAAGUGAGACAUUUAGAAAUGAGAAUGUAAAAGUUACUCUUAUCCCUAUGACUGUUAAUAUUCACAAGAAUGUAUCUAUAAUAAUUGAGAAAUACUUGAAGGAAACUAAAAGACACUAUUACAUCACUCCCAAAAGUUACUUGCAGUUUAUAAAUACUUUUUCCACAAUGUUGAGGACCACAAAAGAGAAAAUGCUGAGUGAAAGAGCUUGCUAUCAUUCUGGUUUGACAAAAAUCUUGGAUGGAACUUCACAGAUUGCAGAUAUGCAAGAUGAAUUGCUUGUCCUUGGACCUCAGAUAGAGUCAAAAUCAAAGGAAAUAGAAGAACUUGUAGCUAAACUUCACAAAGAUGCGUUAGUUGUAGAACAAGUUCGAACUUUGGUUAAAAAGGAUGAAGAAAUUAUGGCUGCAGAAACAAAAAUUGUGGAAGGGUAUGCUAAGCAAGUAACAGAAGAACUUAAUACCGUAUUACCAUCUUUGGAGAAGGCUCUUAGUGCUCUUGAUGCACUUGACAAAAAUCACAUUGCAGAAGUUAGAGUAUAUACUCAUCCUCCUCCACUUGUUUUAACUGUUAUGAAUGCAGUCUGUAUUCUUCUUCAAAAGAAACCAGACUGGGCAACAGCAAAAUUAUUACUGUCAGAUCCAGGAUUCCUGAAAAAAUUGAUUACAAUUGACAAAGAUAAUUUACCAGAAAAGGUUUUUCUGCAGUUAAAAAAAUAUGUGAGAUCAUCUGAUUUCAACCCAGUGAAAGUGGGACUUGUGUCUGUUGCAUGUUGCUCCAUAUGCCAGUGGAUUUUAGCUCUGGAUCACUAUCAUAUUGUUAAAAAGUUUGUAGAUCCAAAGCAAGCAAAGGUAGUGGAAGCAGAGGAAUUACUGAAUCGUGCACAUAGUAAAUUAGAUGAAAAACGAAGAUGUUUAGCCCUGAUUGAACAACAUCAACAAAAUUUAGAAGCAUUGUAUGAUGAAAGUAUUGCUGAACAGGAAAAACUUGCAGCCCGAAAAAUUCAAACAACUCGCCGUUUACACAGUGCAUCUAUAUUAAGCAUAGCUCUAAAGGGUGAAAUGGAACGCUGGAAAGAAUCUGUUAAUAACCUUGAUCAAAGAUUGCAAGGAAUUGUAGGUGAUGUCCUUAUAUCAGCAGCUUGUAUUGUCUACAGUGGAAUGUUAUCACCGGGGUAUCGUCAACAGCUAGUCAAUGACAGUUUGAAACUCUGCAGUGAUAACAAUAUUUUGGUCUCUCCAAAUUACUCAUUGGUUAACUGCAUGACAGAAAAGAAUGAGGUCCGCAGAUGGCAAAAUGCAGGUUUGCCACAUGAUCAAUAUUCCACAGAAAAUGCAAUAAUUAUUAAACAUGGACAACGGUGGCCUUUACUAAUUGAUCCAGAAAGCCAAGCUUACAAAUGGAUAUGUCAAAUGGAAGGCACCAAAUUGAAACAAAUCAAUGCUACAGAUGCCAAUUACUUAAAAACAAUUGAAUAUUCUUUGCAGUUUGGUGAAUCAGUCCUUUUGCAGGAUUUUCCUGAAACAUUGGAUUCAAAUAUAAAAUCAAUCUUAAGCAAGGAGAUCUACAAAAAAGGAGGACAAGAAUUCAUUAGAAUAGGAGAUUCUGAAAUUCAGUACAAUUCAGACUUUCGAUUAUAUCUGACAACACAGAAACCCAAUCCUCAUUUUCUGCCAGCAACAUGCAAUAUUGUUACUAUGAUAAACUUCACUUUAACAUUCCAUGGUUUGCAAAAUCAGCUUUUAUCUGCAGUUGUAAAUAAAGAAAAACCUGAGCUUGAAAAACAGUACUGCACGUUGAUGGAAAGCUUAUCAAUUGAUCUGGUAGCACUACAUGAAUAUGAACAAAGAUCACUUCAACUUUUGCAAAAAACAACUGGGCACCUUUUAGAUGACCAAGCCCUCAUUGAAAAUUUGCAGCGAACAAAAAUUACCUCAUCAGAGAUUUUUCAGCGUGUAGCAGAUUCAGCAGCAACAGAAGUCACCAUAGAAGGAUUGCGUAAAGCCUAUAUUCCUAUAGCAACUCGUGGUGCUGUGCUCUACUUUGUAAUAUCAGAACUUGUACACAUCAACCAUGUCUAUCAGUUUUCACUGAAUUGGUUUCAUAAGAUCUUUGUAGAUUCUAUAGAUAAUGUGAAAAAAAGUGACAUUUCUCUCAGUGAUUCUCUUUCAAGUACAAAAAUAAGUGAAUAUAAGGUACAAAGUGAAGAAACAUUAACGAAAAGUGAGACUGAGAUAGAUCACUUCAAAAUACAUAUUGAUGAUAUAAUUGAGACACUAACAUAUCAUGUCUACGAGACAGUUUCUUCAGCUGUGUUCAAUAAAAAUAAGCUAUGCUUUGCUUUCCUGCUUUGCACAGCAAUCAUGAAAAAUAAUUAUGGUGAAAAUGUAUUCACAAAUAAGCUUGGAUUUAUAUCAGAGAAUGAGUGGAAUUUCUUCCUGUACUCUGGCAUGAUAGCAAAUAUUAAGCAACCAUCAAUCUCUGACUGUAAUGGUUCAUGUGUAUUUAACAAAAUGGCUCCAUUCUACUGGAUAAAUGAAAUAAUGUGGAAAGAAUGUCAGUGCAUGAGUACUCAAAUACCUGCAUUCAGCCUAUUGUGCAGUUCUCUGUCAACAUAUCCUCAACAGUGGAAAGAUUUUCUGGAUAGUGAGAAUGUGUAUGAUUUAAUUAAUUCAGAAUCACAGCUAGUAAGAGAAAGUGAAGAUGAUGAGGAGAGUAUACCUGUAAUUUUCCCUUGGGAGAAGCUUUCUCCAUUUGAAAGACUUAUCCUGAUAAAAGUUCUCCGUUCAGAAAUGUUAAACCAUGCAGUACAAAUAUUUGUAACUGAGAAAUUGGGAACUAGGUAUUUUCAGACUGGAGGAAUUAAUUUAAAAGGAAUGUAUGAGGAAUCUGAUUCUACAACUCCACUAAUUCUCAUCCAUACUCAUGGGAUAGACAUUACGGCAGUUGUCUUGCGCUUUGCCCAAGAAAUAAAAAGUACACAAAAUGUGCAAAUGCUAUCUCUGGGACGUGGCCAAGCCAGCAAAGCAGAGGAAUUGAUAUAUAAAGCACAAAUACUGGGUGAACAGUGGGUAUUCCUUCAGAAUUGCCAUCUUGCAACUUCAUUUAUGCCAAGAUUGUGCAAAAUUGUUGAUUCCUUUGUCCUACCUGAUACAACUAUAAAUCCAGGAUUUAGACUAUGGUUAAGUUCAACACCAGAUACAUCUUUACCCAUACCUAUAUUGAGAAGAGGGCUAAAGAUAGUAAUAGAAACUCCACAAGGGCUAAAAGGAACAUUACUUCAAACUUUUGGAUUAAGUGACACUAGUGUAGUAACAGAAACUAUAUUUAAUAAGACCAACUGUGGGCCAUCAUGGAAAAGAUUGUUGUUUAGCCUAUGUUUCUUCAAUGCUGUCAUUCAUGAAAGAAAGAAAUAUGGAGUUUUGGGCUGGAAUAUUCCAUAUGCUUUUAAUUCUUCAGAUUUAGAGUUUUCUAUCAAAAUAUUGGAAGUGCUCCUUGAGAAGCACCAAAGGAUUCCUUGGACAGCAUUGCAUUAUUUGACUGGAGAAGUAACAUAUGGAGGCCAUGUAACUGAUAAUUGGGACCGUCGAUGCUUGCUUAGCAUUUUAGAUAAUUUUUAUAAUCCUUCUGUACUGGAAGAAGAUUUUGUUUAUACUGCUGAUGAGGUGUAUCGACCAAUAUCUGAAGUAGAUAGUUUAAAAGACUGCAGAACCUAUCUACAAUCUCUUCCAGAAGUGGAUUCUCCAGAAAUUUUUGGAAUGCAUCAUUGUGCUGAAAGACAAUAUUUAAAAGCUCAGGCAGAAUCAUUUAUCAAUUCAAUUGUCAGUACCCAACCAACAUAUAGCACAGACAUUAUCAGUGAUAGAAUGGGCCAGGAUGAAAUAGUACUGGAAGUAGUAUCUGAUAUUCUAAUAAGGCUCCCAUUGACCGUAGAGAAUAUGGAAGGGGAAUCUACCAAUGAAUAUGUGUCUACAGAAAUUGUAACCCUGAGAAGUUUCAUGUCUGGACCAAUUUGGGCUGCACUUGUGAAAGCUACAGAAGAUUUUUAUUCUAUUACCAGUUCACCUUUGCUACCUGUCUUGCGCCAAGAGAUAGACCGUUGUAAUAAUUUACUAUACUUAAUAAUUCGGUCAUUACAAGAACUUCAGCAAGGAAUCAAAGGAAAAAUUAUCUUCACUAAAAGAUUAGAAGAACUUUAUAAUUCAAUAUUGAAAGGCAGAGUAGCUGAUCUGUGGGAGCAAAGUUCUUUUAAGACAAAUAAACCUUUAGGAUCCUGGAUUGAUGAUCUCAUUAUACAAGUGAAUUUCUUUGCCAUGUGGGCUGAUCAUAUUAUCACCUUUAUGCAAGCAAGGUUUAAUGAUUUACUGGUGCUUCAGAGACAAAGCAAAAUGCCACAUCAUCUUGAUGAAUAUCCUGACUUUCAUGCCAGUUAUCAAGGACAUCCUAGCUGUUUUUGGCUUCCAGGUUUCUUUUUUCCACAUGGAUUUCUUAUUGCUGUGUGUCAGAAUUAUGCUCGAUUGAAUAAAGUAACAGUGGAUUCACUUACUUUUACACAUAAAGUGCUUCCUUUAACUCAAGAUGAAGAUUUCAGCUUCAAUAGAAAGGAAAGCAUAUUAAACAAAGCUUUUAAGAUUACCCUUAGCCCAAGUUACUGUGGUGAAGAAGACCAGCUUUUAUACAAAUGUCCUUUAUACAAGACACCUCAAAGAACAGGAAUGCUGUCUUCCAUGGGUGAAUCUAUAAAUUUUGUAACUGAAGUUAAUCUGCCAAGUCUGGUAACUCCUAGCCACUGGAUAAUGAGAGGAGUUGCACUGUUAUGUCAACUGGACAAUUAG